ACUGAGCACAGUUACUCAGCGAUGGAUGAGGCCUAACACGGUUGUGCCUGUGACUACAAUGCACAGUUUCUCUCUCAGUGACUAUACAAUGGUUAUAGCACAGUUCCUCUCUCUGAUGGUGCAACAGUUCUGUUCUCAGUUACAGUGUAGCAGUUAUGUUGUCCUCUCAUCUGAAAUACAGCACAGUUUCGCUCUCAGUUACUGUACAGCACUGUUAAGUUUUCGGUUGAAAUAUAGCACAGCUGUUUUGUCCAUGACCGCAGAGCACAGUUGCUCUCUGUGGUAUUACAGCACAGUUAUGAUACAGCACAGUUACUCUCUCUGGUUUUACAGCACAGUUAUGAUACAGCACAGUUACUCUCUCUGGUUUUACAGCACAGUUAUGAUACAGCACAGUUACUCUCUGGUUUUACAGCACAGUUAUGAUACAGCACAGUUACUCUCUCUGGUUUUACAGCACAGUUAUGAUACAGCACAGUUACUCUCUCUGGUUUUACAGCACAGUUAUGAUACAGCACAGUUACUCUCUCUGGUUUUACAGCACAGUUACUCUCCCUGUAAUGGUGCCACACUGGUGCAGUACGUUCUCAGUGGUUAUCUUGUUCAUGUACGCACAACGCGGUUACAACUCUGUGAGUUCUGGUACGGCACAGUCACUUUCUCAGUGAUGCUGCGCAACAUUCGGCUAGCCUCGUUAGCCUUUUCUGAGCACAGGACCUGCUCAACAGGAGUACACACACGCACGCACGCACACACACACACACACACACACACAUACACACACACACGCACACUCACACACACACAGCACUGUGACUCCUCAAUCCGCCAUUCCCACUGCUUCCAUACAGAUGGUCAUUAUUUAAAUUUCACAUAUUAUUUGUAUCGUUAUUGUUAUUAUUGUUCAUAUUCUUUUAGGUUUUUAAGCAAGAAUAGCUGGUAUCUCUCAGUUUGGGAAUUUUUAUGUUUAGUUUUUUUUUGUUUUGUCUUUAAAAGUUCUCAGAUAGCUGCGGGAGGAGGUAUUACUUGUAAGUUUUGCUCAAGCAAUGUUUCCUUAAGUUUUCCGUAAAUCAAACUCUACUCAACACAUCUAUGAACAAAAUCAUUUUAAUUUAAACUAAUUUCACCGGUAACGCUAAAAUGCCAUUUGUGCACGAAACCUGAAGACCCGUUUCCAUGGUAAAUGGGUUCAGACCUCAAAAAAGAAAAGUAACAAUAUGCUUGUCUUUUUUUUUUUUACUGCUGAGGACAUUGGACGUAUGAUCUGUGUAAAUAUUUCGGGUAGAAAAAUUUAUUCACAUUUACCCUGAAUGAAAAAUUUGUUGAGUAUUUAAUAUUUUGGGAUUUGUAAUACUGCUUAAAUGAUUUGAGUUAUGGUAUGCCAUAACGUUUUUUCGAGAUGUUACCUGCCAUUUUAUGCAUUUGAGCUCAUUGAGAAAAUUGGGUCUGAAGAGUGAGAACGGUUACAUGGUAAACUCUCCAGGGUGACUCCUGACACCUGGAGUGUUUACACGAGUGCACAGGGGAUUCAGAUGUGCACUGUCAGUGUAAAAUGUACUCUCUUGCGUUUGAUUGAAUCAUUUGAUAUGUACCGAUUCUACUCUUUGAAUGAAAUUGUUGCAGGUAUGUUUUCGGGGGUGGGGGGGGGGGGAGCUGUUGAGUGCCUUCCCCUGUAUAUUGUCACCUUUUUUUGUUGCCUUUGGCUGCUGCCCCCCCACCCCCACCCCCCCAGUCAGCAUCUGUAUAUAACCAUAUAUAUAUAAAUAGUGGGUCAGCCUGGCAAACCCUGUCUUCCGAUGUAAAUACUGUUAAUGACUGGAUGAACAGAAGUACGAACAAAUGAAUGAAUGCAUGCAUGCAUGAAUGAAUGAAUGAAUUAAUGAAUGAAUGAAUGAAUCUGCACCUAUAAUGAAAGGCGGGCUUGUGGUGGAGUUAUGCCUCACUGUGUAAACCUUUUCUGGAAUAAUAAAGUAGAAAUGUUUUUUUUUU